UUAUCAGAAUCAUGGGUCAGUUAUUCUCUGACACAUCUAACAAUGAAGACAAUGGAGAUUUGGUGUCCAGCGCCACUAAAUAUUUUGUGAAGUUUAAGGCAGAAAACAAAAUCAUUUCUCAGGAGACCAUUCAUUUAAUAGAACUUCAUCUGAAAAAAGGAAACAUUCAAGGAGCAAACUCUGUAAUCAAUGAUGCCUUAAAAAAUAUUGAUAGUGCCCCAAUAAACAUUGCUGUGACUGGAGAGUCUGGAGCAGGGAAGUCCAGCUUCAUAAAUGCCCUGAGAGGGAUUGGACCUGAAGACCAAGAUGCAGCUGAAGUGGGGGUAAUUGAGACAACUAUGAUGAGAACUUCAUACCAACACCCCAAAACUGAAACAUUGGUUUUAUGGGACCUGCCUGGCAUUGGAACUAUGAACUUUCCGCCAAAAGAUUAUCUGGAGAAAGUGCAAAUACAAGAGUAUGAUUUCUUUCUUAUUGUUUCUGCCACACGUCUUACAAAACAUGAACUAGACCUUGCCAAAGCAAUCAGAUUCAUGAAAAAGAAUUAUUACUUUGUAAGAACCAAGGUGGACAAUGAUUUACAAAAUGAAAAGGAAUCCAAACCACGUAACUUUAACAAAGCAAAGACCCUGCAGCAGAUGAGAAGCUACUCUGAAAAUACCUUCAGUCAGAAUAACAUGGAUAUUCCACAGAUUUUCUUGAUUUCGAACAGACAUUUAUCUGACUAUGACUUUCCAGUUCUGAUGGACACUCUGAUUAAGGAUCUUCCUAAUCAAAAGCGCCACAAUUUUAUGCUUUCCUUACCUAAUAUCACAGAGGCAGCCAUUGACAGAAAGAACAAGUCUAUGCAGCAGUAUAUUUGGUUGGAAGCCUUCAAGGCUGGAAUUUUGUCUACUGUUCCUGUAGUGGGCAUGAUCAGGGAUGAUAUGGAGAAGCUGAAGGAGAAGUUAAACCACUAUCGAGUCCUCUUUGGAGUGGAUGAUGAAUCAGUGGAAUUCAUGGCUAAGGAUUCUCAAGUGCCUGUUGAACAGCUGAAAAAAAUCAUUAAAUCACCUUUUUUGUUAGAAACUAAGAAUAAAGAAACAUUAGGAGAAAUGUUGUUAAAAUAUUUGGAGAUAUUUGCCUCAGCUAAUGGUGGGCUCCUUGCUACAGGUCUUUACUUUAGAAAAACCUUUUACUUCGAAUUUCUUUUCCUUGACACAGUGACUGAAGAUGCCAAAGUUCUCCUUAGAGAGACAUAUUCAAAAAUAUAGUUCAAAUUCAACUCAUUCACAGCUACUGACCAUGACAAGAUCAAAUGGUUAAUGCCAGGAAGUUACUGGAUAAAUUCCCUCAUGAUAUCUUUUUUUUACACUAGCCAAUCCUCUACCACUAUGGGACAAACUAAGGGUAAGAGUCAUGUGUGUUAAUAUAUCAGAACCUGACAACCCCAACUUUAGCACUCUACCAUCCCCCUUGUCUUUUAGCUCCACAUGCACAUUUGAGUACAAAUGCACAAGCACACACACAUAUAUGAAUGCAUACAUGCAUACAUGCACACACACAGUGCAUAAAGCACUUGCCGUGCCAUCCAUGCAGAUAGAAGGAGCAGAGAUCAAUUUGCACAACCUGUAUAAAUGUUGAGUGAGUGUGACAGGCACCUUGUACUCCAAACUCAGAAUGCAGAAACAGUGGAACCAUGGAGCAAGCUGGCCAGCUAGAGCAAGUAAAUCUGCAAGCUCUGGUUCAGCUGUCAGACUCUGCCUUGGAAAAUGACAGGAAGCAUUUGAAGAUAAGGCCUAACAUAAGGCAGACCUGCCUAGACACAUGUGAACAUGCAUACCAUACUGAGAGACACAUUUUAAUAUGAAAUAAAAUGAAACUCAGGAAGUAAAAAAAUCUAAAGUCUUACAAACUACUGUUGUGAGAUAUAAAUUGUAAGAUGUGCCCAAUGUGGGCAACUACAGCCACAUAAAAUUUGAGAGACUUUAAUAAAAAAUUUCAAACACAAAAGAACAGAGUUUAGUGCAGCGUCUUGGUAGUUACAUUUUUAUUUUCCAAUGGGCUCUGUUUGCUGGUGGCAAGCGAAGGCACAGAAGCUCCUUUAUGGGUGGACUUCCUGACUCAGCAUUGGCAUUGAAGGCUGCUCAGCUUCUUUAGGAAAGGGAUUACUGGUCCGUGCUAGUUGCACAAACAACUCUGGCUCUUUCAGGAGAUGAAGCACUUAAAUGGGGUAUGUGAGCAGCAUGUUACAAAUUGCUUAAUGGUGAUAUAGAUGCAGUGAACAUUCCUCUGCCAUGUUGGAGUGGGUGACGUCAACAGGCAGGGCAACAGAGUUGGUUCUAGUCAGCCUACUUAGCUUUUUUUUAAAAAAAAAAAAUGUGCUCUGGUCAAAAAAAUACUUGCAGAUACACACUCAAUACAGACAAAUUUAGAUUUUUUUUAAAAAGACCUCUAAACGGGUCACAGUGUUGCAUAAAAGGCUGAGAGAGAGAGGGGAAAACGUAUAUAGACAGUUAUAAUAUACAAGAGUACAGACAUUCUUAUAUUAAAGGAGUAAAAAUAAUUAAAUAUUAAACUUGAAGAAAAAGUAAGAAUAAGAAAAAUGAGCCAUGUGAAGAUGGAAUAUACACCAAAAGUCUGGAUUAUGUAUAGUACUAUGUUUUAUUUUAAUUUUUGACUGUGAAUGAGCUAAAUAAAGAGAAAUAUUUGAUUCUGGGGGCUGUUAAGCUAAACCAACAUAUAUAUUUUAAAGGUAUCUUGACUUCAAAAUUUGGGUCUAAGGAUAUGUUGUUUGGAAAAGCAGUUUUGCUUUUUUUCCCACAGAAGAUGAGAACCUGUGGAUUCCUUCCAAAGUAAUGUGGUUUAAUGAACCAAGACCCUAUGAAAAGUUUCAACAGACCCCAAAAUUACCUCGCCCAACAGAAAGUAAGAAGCAGAUUGAAGAGAACUAUAUCCAAAUUCCCAAAUAUCCUUUAUAAAUGUUUGUUUGCAUUUAAAGGGGGAUAUGCGAUAGAAAUGAAUACUUUGAAUUUCUUUAGAUCUUUGUUUAUUGAUACAAACUUUUAGCUCAAUUUUGUUAUAUGUUUAUUUCUGUUCUUGUUUAAGGUAUUGUGUUUGUGAAUUUUAUUUAAAAAUAUAAUGUAUACUUAAGAAAAACAGAUUAAUAAUCAUUUGUAAUAGUCAAACUUAUAGUCAUUUUAUUUGGGCUGUCUAGAUUUAGAGACAUAUUUCAGAUGGAUAGGUAUAUUUGAAAUCUUUCUAAGAUAUGCAGAAUAUGACAUAUAAAUGUUUUAAGAACUUAAACUCUUCUCAACAGUAAGACAUGUUUGCUUCUGGCAGCACCAAUUACUGCAGAGAGAAGCUCAUUAUGAAAUUUGCCUUCAAUGUAACAAGGGUAGCCAUUUGGGAAAGAAACUCUUUUGCCUGGAGUCAUAGAUGGUAUGCUGUAUGAACUGGACAUGCAGGACUCACAAAAAUAACUGCUAAACUAGCCUAAAGGUGAGACAGUCCUUCAGGGUUCCUGCUUCAUAAAAGAGUCUGCCAGACGUUCUGCCAGAUACAGAAGAAAGUGAAUGACAAACUGUCAAUAGAGGCAAAACAGUCUUUGAAAUUUCCUGCUUCACAGAAAAGUCUACAAGACACGCUGGGCAUGUAGGAUGAAGAUGGAUGCCCCAGUGUUACAGAAGAACUUUGGUUGACUAUCCAGGCCAUGAGAUGUCUUUGUCAAUUCUAGAGUUUUGGAAGUUUUUGAAAAUGCACUUUCUGUUAACUUAAGUAAUAAUAAAACCUUUGGGUGUCUUUGAUAUAGUUGAAGAAUAGAUUAUUAUAAUUAUAGUUUUACUUAGUUAUGAUAAAAAAUAGAUAAAAAAUAUUGUAACUGUAAUUCUUGCUUGAUACCUUUUUUAGGUUUAAUUUUGCUAUGUCAAAAUUAAAACCUUCCAUUUUAUUUAGGCAGAAAAAAGGGUGAUGUGGGAUUCCCCUCUGUAUGCUGUGAAUGUGUUCUUUUGCCAUUGGUUAAUGAGUAAUACUGCUUUGACCUACAGAAAAAUAGAACAGAGAAAGACAGAAUUCCAAGCAGAGACAGAGAAGAAAAUAUGUAGAGUCAAAGAGAUGCCAUGUAGCUGCUGAAGGAGAAAGAUGCCCACCAGUAAACCACAACCUUGUGGUGGUACAUAGAUUAAUAGAAAUGGGUUAAUUUAGGAUAUAAGAAAUAGCCAGGAAUAUAUCUAAGUCAUUGGCCAAGCAGUGUUAUAAUUAAUAUAGUUUCUAUGUGAUUAUUUUGAGUUUGGGCAUCCGGGAAACAAAUGAGCAGCCUCUGCCUACAAAGUAAAAACAAAAAUCUAAGUAAAUAACACUUGUCUCCGGCAUUCCAGAGUUGGGGUAUGAAUAUAGUUUCUCAUUAGGAACCUCCAAACAGACCAUAAGCUUUAGGCUUGGCUUUCACAACCCAAGAAGCAGACAGAAUCAGCCACCAAAGCUGGGAAAGUAUCCACAUCACUUAGCAGUUUAAAGGUUCAUGAGGUCAAAAAAUGCUAAAUGAUAUAUAGUAAAAAAAGAUUCAGAGAGAAAAAAAAACCUGUAAACAGGUUCCAGUGUGUUUUACAAUGUACAUACACUUAAGAAAAAAAUUUUGGGAUAGCCACAGGAAGAAAUAUAUUAAAAAUAAUGAAGUCUUAAAGAGACAAUAAAAGUAAGAGAAAAAAGCCACAUUAAAUGGGAAAUAUACAAGGAAUUUGUAUAGUAUUGUGUUGAAGUUUUUGAAUGCUGAUGGGCAAAAGACAACUGUUCGGAGAUAUGGACUGAAAAAUUGAACCAACCUAUAUACUUUAGGACUAUCUUAACUUUAAAAAUUAAGUCAAAAACAUAUUUUGUCAAAUGGAAAUCAAAAAUGCUUUGCAGUUUUAUUCCCACAGGAAACAAGAAGCUUUUGGUUCCUUCAGGAAUAAUAUGGAUCAGCUUUGAACAAUGAGACCUCCUGAAUCUUGACAGUUGAUAAAUAUCUAUAAAGGUUAUAGCUGAUCUUCCCAGGACUUGGUCAUUAUCCCAAUUUUCCACAGGGACCCCUAAAUAUGCCUAUGCCCACACACAACAGAAUGCAAUUUGGAGAACAUGAUGCCCAUAUUUCCAAGAGGAAUGUGGGAGGCUUUUGGUUAUUUGGUGGGUUAUGGAUGUUUCCUAUCAUUUAGGGAAAUAUAGGAAUCUAGGAUAAAAAGACAACUAUUAAUCUCUGGUAUUUUGCAUUGUCCAUGAAUUCUAGUAUAUUGAUACAAAUUUAAAGUUAAUUUUGUAACACUGUAUAUAUGUUUCUACUCUUUUGGGGGAUAUUGUGCUUAUGCAAUUCAUUUAAAGAUGCAAUGUAUAAGAACAUGUUGAAAAACACAAAUCAUGGUAGUGAAUGGUCUGUGGUGAGGAGGAAGGAUGGGCACAUGGGUGAGAAAGGAAAAGACAGAAGAAGGGACAGUGAGGAAUCUACAUGGAGCAGGGAGGCUCACUCAGUCUUCCCCUCUAUGUCUUCCACUUCUUCCCACGUUCCUUGUGGGCACCGUUUAUGAAUAGCAAGCAGCUAUAAUAGUUUCUAUUCCACAUUCCUAGCAAUGACUGGAAAUGCAACUCUCCUUGCUAUUUUUAACUAAGCAAUCAUUGGGAGUCCUGCAUUCCUUCCCCUGUCAAAACAGUUCUCAGUUUUCACUAAACACUGUGAGCAGACAGGCCUCCAGGGCCUGAUCCAGCCUGAAGGAAAAAAAAUAACAA